GUUUUAUAGAGGGGGGCAGUACGCGGCGACGUGUCUGACGGGGUGGUUGUGUCGCACUUUUUUCUAAUACAUCGCGAUGUUCGAAUAAACAAAAGUCGAAUGUGUUAAGUGUAUGUCAUUAUGGUGAUACUGUGUGAUAAGCGUGAAUGGAACCAGUUGAUAAUACUUUUGAAUUUUUUGAUCAUUUUCCGAAGCUCUCUUGCGCAAGGCCGGGCGCCCCGUAUAAAGGAGCACCCAGCUGACACAAUAGUUGGGAGGAGCGAACCCGCUACCCUUCGGUGCGUGGCUGAAGGAAAGCCCAAACCAACGAUCCAGUGGUACAAGGACGGCUCUCCGCUUGCGCCAACUGAUCACCCGCACAGGGUUUUGCUUGAAGAUGGACUUCUUUUUCUCAGGGUCAUGCGUGGUAAGAAAGAGAGCGACGAAGGCGUCUACUGGUGCGUCGCACGUAACACUGUCGGGGAAGCGGUUAGCAAGAACGCGACACUUACUAUCGCUGUUCUACGUGAUGAAUUCCGAACCGAGCCACGGGAUGUGAAAGUAGCUAGUGGAGAGCCAGCUAUGCUUGAAUGUUCUUCACCCAAGGGUGCUCCAGAUCCUUCAGUACAUUGGGUUAAAGAUGGAAGAACGCUUGAUGUCGAUGUUAAUGGAAGGAUAGCUAUAGUCGACGGAGGAAAUCUAAAGAUAAUAGAAAGUCUAGCAUCUGAUAGCGGUGUAUACAAAUGUGUGGCGUCUAACGUAGCAGGCGAAAGACAAUCUCGUCCCGCCACAUUACUCGUAUUACGCAGACCACAUUUUCUAGUGAAACCCAAUAAUAUAACGGCACUGAUUAACCAGAACGUUGAGUUUCAUUGUCAAGCUUCGCCGGAGUCAGACGUAUCAGUAACAUGGUCUCGUGAUAAAGGUCAACUAUCUCCGUAUGCAAUAAUAAGGAGGGGUUCGUUGAGGAUAGAUAGGGUGCUCUCAUCAGACGCUGGGACUUAUACUUGUCGCGCUGAGAGCCAAGCGGGAACCAGUGUGGCCAGUGCUACACUUACUGUGCAUUCUCUACCGCAUUUCACGCGCGUGCCUUCUGAUCAAACAGCAUGGGAAGGUGAAUCCAUUUCAUUUCCAUGUGACGCUGAUGGUUCUCCGAAACCUGUUAUAUUCUGGACGAUGGAGGGUUCGCAGGAAAUCAUAUUUCCAAAUUCCGUACACGCAUCGGGUUCUCUUUAUUUGGACCGAGUGUCUACUCAACACGCCGGUAGAUGGACGUGCGCAGCUGUCAGCGCCGCAGGAAGUGCAUUACAUACUGUUACUUUGCAGGUUUUACGGAGAGAAGCAAAUUCAUUCAAUGGGAACCUACAGUCGUCGUCUCCUUAUCCCGAUAUUAAUAAACCUCAAAAUCAUCCGCCAAUGACUCAGUACGAAUUAGUCCAAGCGCGUCGAUAUUUACAGAAGGAUGUAUUGGUCCUAAGACGCGUAGAAGGAAUAUCGUCGACGACUCUAAAAAUUGUGUGGGAUGUAUUGACUGAUUAUAAUGAAUACUUAGAAGGAGUGAAAAUAUGGUUUAAUGGGACGUCGUUGAAUAAACAAUUUGCUUUAGAAUUUCAAAAUCAACCGAUCAAUGGAAGUAUAGACAGUUUGAUAGAAUUAGCUAAACAUGAGAAUUUUACAAUGACAACGGUCCAUAAUAGUGGAUCGUCAAGCCACGUACUCACAGGGUUGAUACCGUAUGCCAAAUACAAUAUAUUUUUGAUGCCAUUUUACAAAUUGCUACUUGGGAAACCGUCCAACAUGAAGACUGGUUUUACAGAGGAAGAUGUCCCCACGGCUGCACCGCAUAGCGUAACAGCUGGUGUAAUAAAUUCAACAUCAGCGUGGAUUCGGUGGGACCCGCCGCCAGUUUACGCGUGGAAUGGAGAAAUAACUGGAUAUUUGAUUGAGGUGAGGGUCGGAGGAAGCAACAAUGGUCGUGUUGUGGGUCAGAUGUCACUUGGAGCCAAAACCCGUGCUGCAGCGGCCAGUUCACUCAGGGCUGGUGGGCGUUAUGUAGCACGCGCUGCGGCAGUGACUAAACGUGGUCAUGGGCCGUUCAGUGCGCCUGCGCAGAUACAUAUGUUGCCCACACAGUCGCAGAGGCAUUACGUGCAAACGGAACCAGCCAGAGACAAAGCAAUCUUGUCCGUGUUCCAAGAAACUUGGCUGCUCGUUUUAAGUUUGAUUUUAUUGGCGAUCAUUCUAGUCGGAACAGGCAUUAUUAUUUAUUUACGCCAGAAGCAGUCAAAACAACGAAAGAGCCACAAUUCAGCAAAUACCCCAAUUACGAACACACAGCAAUGUUUACUCGGUAAAGAGGCUGUGUGGCUGCGAGAGCGGCCUUUGUAUGACGCAAACGAGCCACGUGUUGAAAUGUUGAACUGCCAUCAGAGUCUUUUACACGCGGGAAAUUCCAUUGGGACAAUGACCAUGGAAGCAGAGUAUAGCUUACCUCAACAUUCUGCGACGAAGGACAUUAUACGCCAAGAUGACAUAAGAAAGUUUCCGCCAGAAGCAUAUGCAUCUAGUGCAAUAUAUAGUGAAUUAAAUAAUUAUCAGGAUCACACAGAUGCAGAAGAUUCCUGUAUCAAAUGUGCUGUGAGUCCAGGUUCAUAUGACAACAGUAUGAUUAGAUCAUUCGCUGAUAGCAAUCAAUAUUCUGCCGAAGAGUGUUCAACUUGUUGUAGGAGUAGUAGUAAUAGUUCCACAUUAACAAAAGAUUAUAGUGAUAUGACAAAAUGCAAUGGCGAUGACCAAGAUCUGUCAAUUGAAGAAUGCCCUUCGUGUAAGACAGCUCAGUCCAAAACAUCAAGUCAACAAGAAGCCAAAGCGUGGACAGCGAUAGCUGAUGUUGAAUAUGAUUACCCUCAGUGGCAGUGGCUAGCCCGAGAAAAUACCUUUAGACAGGUUUCACAAGAACCAAGAUACGAGACUCAAAGUAGACGGAGCGAGCAAAAUUGUAGGAUGAAUCUGUGUGAUAUACUUCCACCACCUCCAUAUGAAAGGGAAUCGCCAUAUCGUGAAAUGCACCCAUACGGAAGCAACACCGGUGCGUCUGGAUGUUCUGGACAUUCUUACAGAAGCUAACUCUAAAAUAUCAUUAGGGAUAAUAAAAGCAAUAAUUAGUCUAUCAAUUAUGUGUAUAUAAAAUGUAUAUUGAAGUGUUAAACUGUUACACCGCAGCACAAGUAUAGCUCAAUUAUUAUGAUCUCUGUUAAUGCAUGUUUUUUUUGCCUAAGCAUAAAUCUAUGCUCAAAUAUAAUCGUUUUUUAAUCAAUUGUAGUUCCAGUUAGCAUAUAAUAUUUAUUAUAUUAGAUAUAGAAAAGUAGUGGUGGUAGCUAUACCGUUUGUGCAAAACUGUAUUAGAAUCACAAAUCCGUUUCGUUUGAUCAAUAACAAUCAAUUGUAGAACGUUAUAGUUAUCACUAUGGGUAUCUCAGCGAAAUUUCUUGCUGCAACUUACUUACUGGGCCGCUCAUUACGCUGAUAAGGAACGUGUUUAGAUAAAUAUAAGAAAUUCAUUCACAAAUAAAUACUUUAUGUGCUCUCUAGGGAACUUUAUGUGCUCUCACCUUUAAAUAAAUGGGACGCCAUUUUAUAAAAAACAAAUUAAACAUCAGAGGCAACUGUCAUCUGUCAGCUGUCAGUGCCAAAUGUCAAGAUAAGAGGAGCGUAAUGCGCGCCACGGCAAGCAUGAUUUUAUGUAAAAGUUUCGCUCGGUAUUUAAUCCUAGUUAUCAUCUUUAAUAAACCAUGGUUAUUUUCUGGCGGUGAGGAAGAACAAAGGUUGUAGUGUUGUGAAUGUGUUUAAUAGACUGCUCUUGUAACGGAGUCUAGAUUUUAGGUCUUAUCUCUCUAGUGACUGUGAUAUAGAAUAAUUUUGUAUUGCAUUUUUUUAUUUUGUAAAUAAUUAGAAAUAUUUGAUAUCCCUAUACAAUUUUAACCUUUAUCUAUUUAUAGCGUUUUCAAAUGAGAACCAAUCAAACAAUUUCGAUCACAGUUGUAGUAAUUUUGUACUGAGCUAAAAACCUAUAUACAGUAAUUUAAUUUGUAUAUUCUGAUACAUCAGUCAACUUAUUAAAUGAUAGUAUAUUUGA